ACGUCGACACUCUCCCAUCCCUCCUCACUCCUCAUCUGGUCUAGACCAGAGACGCAAGAAUGGGUGGUGGCCAACGCAAGAGCUCGACGGCCCCGUCGCCGUGCUCCACCUCUACGCCGUCGCGCCUCUCGCGCUUCUGGUCGUCCGCGACCCGGGCCAAGGCCCUGCCGCCCCCGUCGGACUCGUCCGCCGUCCGCACCCUCUCCGGGGACGCCCUCGUCCGCCGCCUCGGCCUCUUCGACCUCAUCCUCCUCGGGAUCGGCGCCUCCAUCGGGGCCGGCAUCUUCGUCGUCACCGGCACCGUCGCCCGCGACGCGGGACCUGGUGUCACCAUUAGCUUUGUGUUAGCUGGCGCAUCUUGUGUGCUGAAUGGGCUCUGUUAUGCAGAACUUGCCUCGCGUUUCCCUGCUGUUUCUGGAGGAGCUUAUUUAUACACGUAUACAGCUUUCAAUGAGCUGACUGCAUUUCUAGUAUUUGCCCAACUAAUGCUUGAUUAUCAUAUCGGGGCAGCUAGUAUAGCUCGAAGCUUAGCAAGCUAUAUGGUUACAAUGUUGGAGCUCUUUCCAUUCUUCAAAGACAAUGUUCCAAGCUGGGUAGGCCAUGGAGGUGAAGAGUUCCUUGGAGGAAAUCUAUCCAUUAACAUGCUAGCUCCCAUAGCCUUAGCUGUUCUGACUAUAAUUCUGAGUCAGGGAGUUAAAGAAUCUUCUGCUUUGAACUCAGUCAUGACUGCUACUAAGGUCGUAAUUGUUAUUUUUGUCAUCUUUGCUGGUGCUUUUGAGGUUGAUAUUUCCAACUGGUCGCCUUUUGCACCCAAUGGUGCCAAAGCAAUUUUGACUGGAGCUACUGUAGUAUUCUUUGCUUAUGUUGGGUUUGAUGCAGUAGCUAAUUCAGCUGAAGAGGCUAAAGAACCUCAGCGAGAUUUGCCGUUAGGAAUUUUGGGAAGCCUUCUUGUAUGUGUUCUAUUAUACAUUGGUGUUUGCUUAGUUCUCACCGGAAUGGUACCUUACAAGUUACUCGGAGAAGAAGCUCCCUUGGCUGAGGCUUUUACAUCCAAGGGUAUGAAAUAUGUUUCCGUCUUGAUCAGCAUCGGUGCUGUUGCUGGUCUUACUACAACUCUUUUAGUUGGCCUUUAUGUUCAGUCUCGACUAUAUCUUGCUCUUGGCCGCCAUGGCUUACUACCUGAUGUUUUUGCUAAAGUACACCCGACUCGCCAUACUCCUGUUAAUGCUCAGGUCUGGGUUGGAGUCAUUGCAAGCGUAUUGGCGGGCCUGUUUAACGUGCGCAUCCUCUCUCACAUUCUUUCUGUUGGUUCUCUGACUGGUUAUUCAGUAGUUUCAGCAUGCGUUGUUGUCCUGCGAUGGAAUGAGAAGUCGGCAAAUGAAAAUUCUUCAAGAUGGAUUUCAAGCUGGCAGGAAGGUGUUCUCAGCCUUUUCAUAGUUGCCUGCAGUGGUUUUGUUGCUGGACUAUGCUACCGUGUCGACGCUCCACUUGUUUUUUCAGUUGCUGCUGUCAUUGUUGCUUUGCUUGCUUCCGUCGCUCUUCAAUACCGGCAGGUUUAUACACGGGCAGCGAGCUUCUCUUGUCCUGGGGUUCCAAUUGUCCCAGCCAUUUGCAUCUUCUUCAACAUCUUCCUCUUUGCUCAGUUGCACUAUGAAGCAUGGGUGAGAUUCAUUGUUCUCAGCAUCAUUACAGUUGGAGUAUAUGCAUUCUAUGGGCAGUAUCAUGCUGAUCCAUACGCGGAUGAGACGAUUGUUUAUCGCCGGGCUCCUCUAGAAGAAGUUCAAUAGUGAUGAUGCAGGUGAUACUCUUGUAAAUAGGCAUUGUACCAGUCAGAUGUCUGGCAUUGAUGUUGUAUCCACUUUGUGAUAGCAAAGGAAUUUAGCCUGUUUUAGCAAUAAGACCUUCAGGAAAUUCAUGGCAUCGUCAGAUGUUUACUACUGCAUAACGCUGUCUUGUAGGGGCCACGGGCUCACCCUUUGUCGGCACUCAGCAAUUUCUAGCAUCAUUCUUGUCUGAUAGUGCUGAUCCAAUACAAGGGUGUUUCCCUGAGAUUCUUGUCCCCUGUUGUAAUUUAUUCUGUAAAAUGUAGAAAAUUGGAAUUGGCUUUAUACUCGACUCAACUUGAUGAUCUUUUCAUUUU